UUCACUUAUGUGAGAGAGUGAGGAUUUCCCCCGCAAGUGAGGGGUCUUCCCCGCAUCACCGAGGGAUCUAUAAAACUCCAUGGGCCAGAGCAGAUCCUCAGACCAGUGAUCCUCUCCUGGAGCAACCAGCAGCCUCCUCUAGCCCGGAUCACAAGAAGCCUUCACUCAAGCUCAGAAUCGAUAUGUCAGCUGCCCGUCUACUGCUCCCUCUGGCCGUGGUGCUGCUCAGCGCCAUGAUGCUCACAGAAGGUGUGCGGAUGGCCACCGAACCCAAGAGCUGCUGCUUUUCCUUUGUCACAAAAGAACUGAAGCCACAACAAGUGAGCAGUUACAGAAAGACCAGCCAGCAGUGCCCCAAUGCUGCCGUGGUGUUCACCACCCGUCGUGGCUUCAAGGUGUGUGCCCAGUCCAGCCAGCCCUGGGUGCAGACGCUCAUCAGCAAAAUCGAGGACAAGAAGGGGCGGCAGUAGGGGAGGAGGCGGCAUUCCUGUGGCCUCCUUUUUGUGCCGCUGAAGUUUGCGAGCCAGUCCAGCGUUUCCAUCCCUGCAGGCACCAGCUUGACACUCUUGCGAUGGAAAUUCAUGGGCCUUCAGGCUGGUGGCCUAUUUCCAUGAAGACCUGCUCAUUCCCCACCUGUGGCGUCGUUAUUCCCUCAGGAAUCAUCUCCCAAUAGCCUCUAUAUCAACACUUGUGCUGCCAUUAAGCUAAAAUUCAUAUAUGUCAUUGAAGCUGAGAGACUCUCAUGAAUGUUAGAUUAGGAGCUUUACCAGUAAAAUAAUUUAAAAUGUGUAUUUCCAUCUUUUUGUAUUUUUGUAUUGCACUUGUUUAAGUUUUUUUUUGAAGGAAAAAUUUUUAUGUAUCUUAUUACCUUUUCAUACCUACUAAUGGCAAAAAUGUAUUGUUUUUCUAAGAUUUGUGCAAUGUUUAAUGAUGUGGAAGUUAGAACGACAAAUAAAGUUUUGAAUGGAA